UCAUCGCUGUUCCAGAUGUCUAGAGUUGUAGGAUCACACUGUAUGAUCUGGAUGAUAAUAAGUGUCCAUGUGAUACUUUUGGUGUUAGCUCAAGACGGUGAUCAAUUUGAGAUGUACUACUUCAGGGGGGGAAACCUUCAUCUUGAUGGAAUGGCAAAUACCAACGAUGGUCCAAUGCAUCUUACGAAUAAUACCGUGAUCAGCACUGGUCAUGCUAUGCUCAAAACUCCCAUAAAUUUCACAGCGUCGUCUCCCAGUUCAUUUACCUUUUCAACGGAAUUUGUCUUUGCAAUCUUUCCACUGCAGAAGCCUCCUUCCUACGGUCAAGGUAUGUCAUUUGUGGUAGCUCCUAAGAUAGACCUCAGGGCUAACGGCACUGAAACUUCUGGUUUAGGGCUUUUCAAUUCAGAAAAUAAUAACAAAACUGAAAACCAUAUCCUGGCUGUAGAGCUUGACACUAACCAAAGCCCUGAAGCACAUGACGAAAGCGAUAACCACGUCGGGAUUGAUAUUAAUAGUAUAGUCUCGGUUGCAUAUGCCAAUGCUAGUUACUAUUCCAAGGGAAAGAUUAAACCCCUGCUGCUUGCGAGUGGGGAUCGUAUUCUUGUCUGGAUUGAUUACGAUGGAGUAGAGAAAUUGCUAAAUGUAACGUUAGCUCAGGUACCAAAGUCAACGCCAGUUUCACCUUUCCUGUCAAGUUCCAUCAAACCAAGUGUGCCUCUCUUGUCAAGAUCCAUCAAUCUUUCAGAGAUUUUCAAUGAGACCAUGUUUGUAGGCUUCUCUGGAUCCACAGGAUCAACCAGAAGCAACCAAUACGUCCUUGCAUGGAGUUUCAAGAAGGGUGGAAAAGCACAAAGCCUUGACAUUUCAAAGAUUAUGGAUGCCCCUGACAAAACUCAGGGUCUUAACCCUACUUUAAUUCUAGUCACUACAAUACCAACAGUUUUUUUCUUAAUAAUAUUGGGAGGAGUUUUGUAUCUUCUUUACAAGAAAAAGAAGUAUGCGGAGGUGGUUGAGCAAUGGGAAAAGGAAUAUAGCCCCCAAAGAUACUCCUUCAGGAACCUCUACAAAGCAACAAAGGGUUUCAGGGAGAGCCAACUACUGGGAGCUGGAGGUUUUGGAAAAGUUUAUAAGGGAAUACUUCCCCCUGGAACACAAAUAGCGGUUAAGAAAGUCUACCAUAAUGCAGAACAAGGAAUGAAACAGUAUGUUGCGGAGAUCGCUAGUAUGGGAAGGCUAAGGCACAAGAACUUGGUUCAGCUCCUUGGCUACUGCAGACGGAAAGGUGAAUUGCUUUUGGUUUAUGACUACAUGCCAAAUGGAAGCCUAGAUGACUACUUGUUCAAUAAAGACAAGGUGGAAGACAAGGUGAAACACCUCACUUGGUCUCAGAGACUGAAUAUAAUCAAGGGAGUUGCAUCUGCCCUUCUGUAUCUCCAUGAAGAGUGGGAACAAGUUGUACUACAUAGAGAUAUCAAGGCUAGUAACAUUCUUUUAGAUGCCGGUUUCAAUGGAAGGUUGGGAGAUUUUGGCUUUGCAAGAUUCCAUGAUCAUGGCCAGAAUCUUGAAGCCACACGUGUGGUAGGAACCAUUGGCUACAUGGCACCUGAGCUAACUGCAAUGGGGGUGACCACUACUUGCACAGACGUCUAUGCUUUUGGAUCUUUCAUCCUCGAGGUGGUUUGUGGGAGGAGGCCGGUAGACCCUGAGAGACCACUUGAGCAAAUGAUUUUACUUAAGUGGGUUGCUAGUUGCGGAAGCAGAGAUAAUUUAAUGGUUACUGUUGACAGUAAACUUGAAGGAAACUUUAAAGCUGAAGAGGUCAAGAUGCUUUUGAAGCUAGGCAUGCUUUGUUCUCAGAGCAACCCAGAGAACAGACCUAGUAUGAGACAUAUAGUGCAAUAUCUGGAAGGGAAUGUUCCUGUUCCGAGCAUAUCAUUUGAUACAGCUGGUUUUGGUAUGCCCAAUAUAAGCAAUGAAACGGUAACGCAAAUGACAACCACCUCCACAUCAGCUAAUUUCUCGUUUGAAGAUGUUACAAUCCUAUUUGGUGGUCGUUGA